CCCGGCUGCGCCGUGACCCCUCCGCUGGGCCGGAUUGCUCAGGGUGGGAUUUGCUAGGCUACGAGGCGAGCCCGGCGUCUUUUCUCCGCCCGCACGCUAGCUCCCAGUUGCCGAUUCGUCCGUCGCCCGGCCACGGCCGUGAAGGGAUGCUCUCGUAGUUGCGCCCGUGUGUCGCGAGGCUGGAUGCGCUUAUGUCUCUGUCAUCGCCAGUCAUAGGAGGGAAUGUGGAAAUCCCAGGAUGCCCGACAACAGCACCGGGAAGAGCUUCAAACCCACGAAAUACAUCCCCGUUUCGACCGCGGCCAUUCUGCUCGUGGGCUCCAGCACUUUGUUCUUCGUCUUCACGUGCCCCUGGUUGACCAGGGCGGUGUCCCCACUCAUCCCCUUCUACAAUGGAAUCGUCUUUCUCUUCGUGUUGGCCAACUUCAGCAUGGCAACAUUCAUGGACCCUGGUAUCUUUCCACGAGCCGACGAAGACGAGGAUAAAGAAGAUGAUUUCCGGGCGCCACUGUAUAAGAAUGUGGAGAUCAAAGGGAUCCAGGUUCGAAUGAAGUGGUGUGCGACCUGUCACUUUUACCGACCACCUCGCUGCUCUCACUGCAGCGUCUGUGACAAUUGUGUGGAGGAUUUCGAUCACCACUGUCCCUGGGUGAACAACUGCAUUGGGCGACGCAAUUACCGAUACUUCUUCCUGUUCCUGCUUUCUCUAAGUGCUCACAUGGUUGGGGUUUUUGCCUUCGGCCUCAUGUAUAUUCUCAAUCACCUAGAACGACUGGGUGCCCUGCAUACCACUGUCACGCUGGUAGUAAUGUGCGUGGCAGGACUCUUCUUCAUUCCAGUUGUGGGCCUCACAGGAUUCCAUAUGGUCCUUGUAGCCAGGGGACGGACCACUAAUGAGCAGGUGACUGGAAAGUUCCGUGGCGGAGUGAAUCCAUUCACACGGGGCUGUUGUGGAAAUAUAGAGUAUGUGCUGUGCAGCCCUUUGGCUCCAAGAUAUAUUGUAGAGCCAAACAGAUUGCAUCCUGUCAAUGUCAAGCCCCCCUUUCUCCGGCCAGACCUGCCUACACGACAGAUCUCGGUAAAAGUCAAUGACAAUGGAAUCCAUGCCAACAUUCCCCGGAAUAAGUCAAAAGUUAAUUUGGACUCCCUGGAAGACAAGUGUCUGGACAGCCAGCCACCUUUGCCCCCCAAAGCAGACCUGAAUAGAUACACUGAACUUAAGAGCCAGCUGACAUCCAGCGAAGAGAGCACCCUCUCGACCAAACCCUUGCAUCCAUCUACACCAGCCAUGUACAAGUAUCGGCCCACCUUUGGCGCGAAUCCCAAGGUCCUCUAUCAAAAUCCUGGAGAGAAGGUCAUCUUGCAGGAAAGCUGUCAAAGUUCACCCAUCUUGGAAGAAAACGGAAGAGGACAUGAUUACAGAUCAGAGCCCAAUUUGGACUUCCCAGAGAGCAAGGGCUCUUCUAUUCAUCGGGCGUUCACCUCCUCGCCUCUGCAGCUUGAUUCUUUUGCCAUCAACUCACGCUCACUCAGUCUGAAGCAUGCACAUCGGAGGGGUGGCGAUAAAACCCCUGUGCACACUAUCCGAUCAGAAGGGAAUGCCUCCUCUCCUUACAAGAGUGUCUUUGCUCCCACCUCGCUCUCCAACAGGAAUGGGAGUCUCUCGUAUGACAGCCUUUUGAACCCCAGUAUUUCACCUUCCAGUGCUGAGUGCCUGGCUCACCCAGGAGUUCCUAUGGUGGGCUACCACUCCCCUUACCUGACUGCUAAAAUGUGUCACAUACAAGGGGGCGAAAUACAACACCAGGCUCCAUCAAGUUACAGUCCAAUUCUGAGCAGCAGGCAUUCUCCACAUCCACGGGACCCUUCACCUGUGCGCUAUGACAACCUCUCCAAAACCAUCAUGGCAUCCAUUCAGGAGCGCAAGGAGAUGGAGGAGAAGGAGAAGCUUCUGCACUCCCACCCACAUACACGUGGCCUAGCAGCAGACGUGUAUGCCACCAACUCUGGUGUCUAUGAAGCCUCUGGUUCCUAUGGCCUUAAGCAAGGUGCAGUCUUUCCAGAUGAGCCUAGGAUCCCUCCAAAACUUUCCUAUGGCUCCAGGGACAACCUGUUAGGAGGCCCUUCAGUUUUCAAUACAAGGAACCUCCACUCGCGCACCCCUAUGAACUCGCUGGCAAGUAGCGCUGGCCUUGGUCGAGCCCCACGGACUUCUACCACUUCCUUGCACACAGAUGUGACCAAUAACAAUGUGCAAUCUCAUCAGGCACUGCAAAGCCGGCCUGGUGAGGGCGCCUUUAGGUCUCCUGUCCAUCAGACUCCCUCCUCCCCUUUGGUGCUGCCCAGAUCUCCCUCCUACAACAUCCAGACACCUCUGUCCUUCAUGAAUGCGCUGGACAUGACAGACUCGCCGCCUCUGGGAGGCCCAAGGGAGGAGGUCCAGCUGAAAGCAGGUCACAGCAAAUUGAACGGGCAGCCAGGGGGAUUACCCCGGGCAGAGUGCCGCUUAGGUUCCACAUCAAGCUCCCAGGGAAAUCCUGUGAGCCCCAACCGGAAUGCAAAUGUUAAAAAGGUGUCGGGUGUGGGUGGCACCACAUACGAAAUUUCUGUGUGAAGGCUCUGUCAAACAAGUGUCAGGAAGAGAGAGGUACUCCAGAAAGGGGGGCAGCAGGCAAGGCAACCGUCUUGCCCCAAACUUGGAGAUAGGGCAUCAGAUCCUGAAGAUGAUAGCUGUCUCACUAGCCUGACUGUACUGCACUGCCGCCAUCAUAUGUA